GCCGGGCCGGCGGCCCCGGCGGGGCGCGGGGAGCGGGACGUUCGCCUCCCUGCCCCACGCUUGCCGGCCGGGGCGGACCGGGGGGCCGGGCGGGGCGGGGACCCUUCCCCCUUGCGCCCCUCGGGGCUGCGCCCGGUCAGGGCGCGCUCACCCCCGGGCAGGGCCCGAUCCCUUCACGGAGCCCCCCCCCGGGCAGGGCCCGACCGACCUCCCGCCCCCUCAGGGCCGGACCCGAUCCCCUCGGCCCCCCUCCUCCCGAUCGCUUCGGCACCCCUUCCCCGGGGUCCCCGUCCCCCCCCCCCCCAGGCAGGGCCCGAUCUCCUCCCGCCCCGCAGGACCUGACCCCCCCCCGGUUCUUCAGGGCAGGAGCUGACAGGACCGGAGCCCGUCCCUCCCCUGCCCCCCGCCACAGCAGGGUCGGUGCCCUCCAGCCCCCCCCCCCCCCCCCCCCGCCAGGACCCCUGCUCACAAACCAGAGCCCCCCGGCACCGGCUGGGCUAGGCUGGGGAAGGGUCUCCAGGAGCCUGCCCCCCCCCCCCGGGGGGGAGGGAGAUUCUCCAGCAGGCUCCAUUGCCCUGCUGCAGUCAGCCAUUUGCCCUCCUCUUCCUCCCUUCCCUCCCCCUCCUCGCCUGCAGCAGAGCAGGCCAAGCUGUGGGGGCCCCUUCCCACCCAGCCCCCAGACCCCUUCCCGCUGCCGGUGCCUGUGCAGGACCAGCAUCCAGCCCCAGGCCACCGAUAAGCGCCUGGCACAGAGUGGCGGGGCCCUGCCAGAGCGAAGGCUCUUCUCCUCUCCGUCAGCCCCGUGUUCAGUUCCCACUUGACCCGUGUUGGCGGUUUGAUGGCAGGCGGCACACACCCCUGUUCCACGCAGCCUGUCCUUCCUUGCGCUGCGGGGUUACGUGGCCGUGCUCGGGGCGUUGAGGAGAGCCGCCAGGCUUUGGGGUCUUUCCUGAGCAGUGUUUUCCUCUGUGGCUAUUCUUUACCCGUCUACGGUUUGUUUUUGCAGAACUGGACGAGGGGAAUGUCUUACUGUCUCCACUCAGAAAGCCAUUUGGAUACCGGGCCAAUAUAUGUGCGUGAAAAUGGGAAGCUGCACGUGGUAAAUCAGGGUGCAGGCGGCAUACAGAAUGUCACUCCCAAAACAAGACCUUUUAGGCUGUUUUCCAGAGGAUUUUCGGUGGAGCUUUGUAUGAACAGGGAGGACGAUAGGGCAAGGAGGCAGAGGACUGAUCAUUUCAUCUUCACGUACACUAAGGAGGGGAACCUCCGGUACUCGGCCAAGUCUCUCUUCAGCCUAGUGCUGGGUUACAUUUCUGACAAUGUUGAUCACAUUGACUCGUUGAUUGGUUUCCCAGAGCAGAUUGCUGAAAAGCUCUUUUCAGCUGCAGAAGCAAGACAAAAGUUCACAGAACCAGUAACGGGACUGAGAGCUCUACAGAAGUUUACUGAAGCAUAUGGCAAUUUGGUGCUAUGUUCGUUAUGCUUGCGGAAUAGAUACCUGGUUAUCUCUGAAAAGCUAGAAGAAAUUAAGUCUUUCCGGGAGCUGACAUGUUUGGAUCUCUCCUAUUGUAAACUUGGAGAUGAACAUGAACUGCUGGAACACCUCACCAAAGAGGCUUUGUCUAGCGUAAAACGGCUUCUCCUGAAAGACAACUCUUUAUCAGAUGCAGGCCUUCGCAGAAUGACAGCACCAGUACGAGUAUUGAAAAAGGGACUUGAGAAUCUUUUGGUAUUAGACUUGUCUUGUAACCCUAAAAUCACAGAUGUGGGAAUUGGAUACCUUCUUUCUUUCAAGAAAUUGAAUUGUUUGGACAUUUCUGGGACAGGUCUCAAGGACGUUAAUGCUGUCAUUAAGCGGCUCCAAAUGCAGAUAGGCCUGGUUCACUCAAAAGUGCCUCUGAAAGAAUUUGAUCAUAGUAACUGCAAAACAGAGGGAUGGGCAGAACAGACAGUUUUGCAGUGGGAGCAGGCAGUUAUGGAGGCCAUCAAGCCACAAGACAACUUGAGAUCCAGAACAGCAGCUCUGCACUUCUAUGGCAAGACACGCAGAAUAGAGGAAGUAGUCAAAUGCAAGCUGGUGGAGACAGAAACAAAAGCAUCUGGAAACUUGCAGUUUUAUAAGGAAAAAGUUCAAAAUUGCCAUUUACCUUUGAAAAAGGAGGUAGCAGGCAGCCAUGAAUUAAAGAACAAUAAAAAAAGAGCUUUGGCUGAACAAGAGAGAGAAAGGACUUCCAAACAGAAGCAUCUGUGCCUCACUGUGGAGGACUGGGAUUUGUUAAAUACCUACUGAGUCAGAAAGAAGUGGGUCUUUUGUUUGUUGUUUUCUUGCUGGUGACAGAAUUUAGACAUACUGAGAGGGAGUAACAAAGGAGACCAGUAUUGUUAAAUCUGGUUGCUGUGACAUGCUUGUGGGUUAACCUACGCUUGGGGAGGGAUAGAGUCAAGGAGGAGGUUGAUGAUACUACUGUAUAUUUUCAAUACAUAAUAAUUUUUUCAAAUAAAGUUUUUGUUGUCAUCCUUAA